AUGGUGUGGGAGGGCACGUCGCCACUGCUGCCGACGGCGCACCGCCGUACGCGGAACGCCAGCACCGGUAGCUUCCCGGAGACACACGCAGAGGCCCCAGACUCGCCGCGCACGCGUUUCAAGGAGCGGGAGAAGGCGGCGGCCGCUCGCGCACUGCGACCACGUCAACGGGCACUGCGCCGCGUCCCGGCGCUGCUGGGAUUGCUGGCUGCAGGCUUCGUGUUGGGCUACUACGCGCAGCUUCUGCUGUUCUUCUGCCACGUGCGACUGGGCUAUACUGCCGAAGUACUGCCCACAAUGGAGGUGACGCUCGUAGAAAAGCUCACGGCCUCCCUCAUCGAGCACACACAACGCGUCGUGUUCGUAUGUAAGAAGACCAACUGGGACUUCAUAGGCUUCAUCGCUAGCCCACACACGAUCCUGUUCGCACACGACGACGUAGUUGUGCCCUCCGCACUCGAGGAGAGUCUGCGCGUGGUGCGUCACGCGGGCGUGGACAGCUACAUGAACCUACACAACAAGACAGUGACCAUCAUGAGCCACGUACACGCCGCGGACCCGCGCAAUCAUCUACUUAAACAGGACGACGAAGCAGUCAUCUACUGGCCACACUACUACCAGUGUCUCAAGAAAUGUACAGACCUGGACUCGUGUUACGCCGGCGACAUGCACGUGAAUCUCGGCGACGUGUCCAACACCAACUCGUACGUGUUCGCCACGGGCGGCUCGUACUUUGUAGGUAGCGCUCUAUUGAAGUGUAUGCUAGAAAAGCCCAUUUUCGUCGAGUUAGACGGACUCGACUACGGCGAGGACAAGACAGUGGGCAAGAUGAUCCACUACAACCGCUGCAAGGUGCAGUACGUGAGCUGCAAGUGGUUCAACAACGAGGAAGUUUACUCGCCCAACGCACAUAUCAAGAUGAGGAAAGGAGCGUCGGCCGAGAUACGAGAAGGCACCGUCUUAUUAGGCAGGGACGAACAACCUCCGCACAGGGAACGCGCCGACAUGGUGCGUCGUCUCCAGUCGGACCAAGAACGGGCAAAACAGGACGGUGUAUGA